UCACUGCGCCAGCAGGUCCAGUGGAGGGAAGGCGAGAAAGAAGUCCAGCUGUCUCCUUAAUCCCUCCUUCUUUGCGUAAAAGAUAAAGAAACAGAAGCAAAGAAGUUAAGCAAGGGACAUCCAGCAAGUAAACGGUGGUUUGGGAGGCAAACUGAAAGAGUCUGACUCUGGAAAUCCAUUCCACUUAUCCCCCUGUUUUAGCACUACAGUUUUAGCACUACAGCUUUAGCACUACAAGUAAGAAAUUUUGUUGGGGGACUUCCAGUCAAGAUGGAGGAAUAGAUGGUCCCCAGCGUCACUCUCUCCCACAAAUCAACGAAUUUACAACUAUAAAAAUGUAACAUCAGUCAAGGUGGGGCCGCUGGAGCUCAGGUGAAGAGGAGGAGAGACCUAUGGAACUCAUGAAGGCGGGAGAAACCACAAAGAGAGAAAAAACUGCUCUCAGCGUUUCAGGUCACAGCCACUUUAAUGCUGGAGCACCUGGAGCAGGAGCCGGCAGAAGCCACAGCUGUGCCCUGUAGAUGGAAUUACUUGAAGGCAAAAGGUGAGAAGAGGACUUUGCUGGCCCCCGGGACAGCAAGACCACUAACAGGGUUCUCGUGGACCCACGCAGGAGCAAGGAGCCAGAAGAGCUGAAAAAAGGGAGCCACUCAGAGGCCGGAUUAUGGCAAAUCUGAAGAUAUUCCUGAGGAGGUAGCUGCAGCUAAACAAUGAUAAAGAGGUGCGUGUCCCCAUGGAAGAUUCAAGCCUGUCCAGCAGUGUUGAUGUGGACAAAGGCUUUGCCAUUGCCUUUGUUGUUCUUCUGUUUCUAUUCCUUACAGUCACAAUUCUUCGAUGUGCCAAGUUGGUGAAGAAUCCCUAUGAGGCCAGUUCCACAACCACAGAGCCAUCUCUGAGCUGAAGUAUAAUAAAACCAGUAGACUCCCCCUAUAAGAGAUUUGAAAUCUUUUAUACAGACUUUUAUGAUCCAGUCUUUAUAUUAUUUCACCUUCCUAUUUCUCAGCCUUCUCACUCAUGCAUUUCACAAUGGGCACAGGAGGGAGAGUCAAGAAUAAUAAAAGGAGAUGAAAUACAAA